UUUUUUAAAUAUUAUAAUUGUUAAAUGGGAUUGCCGGCGGGUUGUGAGAGAGAGAGGUGAGGGAAGCAUGAGCAGCUCGCCGGAUUCGAUCCCGCCGGGGUGGGAGGAGGCCAUUGCCAGCUCGCCGGAAACACUCCCCCCUGGGUUCGAAAACCAUAGUUCACUAUCCAGCCCUACUUCACCGCCGCAGGAGAACCCACCCAGUUCUCUAUCCUCUCCUGCUUCUCCGCAACCUCAGGAAAACCAAGUUAAUUGCACCGAUACCUCUCUCUCUCCAUCUCCGACGCUGCCAAAAGAGAGCCGAAGCAAACACCCUCCUUCUUCUCUAAAUCCGCCGCAGGAAAACCGUAUUCCCUUAUCUCACUCUCCAAGGCCUCCGCCGCAGGAAGCACCAGUUUCCUUAUCUAUUUCCUUUCCGCCGCCGCUGCUAGAGAAGCGAGAUGCAAUGCCUCGUCCUUCCCUGCAGUCGCAAGAUGGCCAAGGUCCAGUCCCUUCUUCACAGUUUCCGCGGGGGAACCUAGGUUCCCUAAAUCCCCCUCUCCAACAGUCUCUUCCAGAAAUGGGUCAAAUGGUCUGUGGGAGUUGCAGCGAGUUGCUUUCGUAUCCACGAGGUUCAAAGUAUAUACAAUGCGCCUGCUGUCAGACAACAAAUUUUGUUUUGGAAGCACAUCAGGUGGGCAUUGUAAAGUGUGGGAAAUGUUCUGUGCUACUUAUGUACCCAUAUACAUCUAGUUCUUUAAGAUGUUCAUCCUGCCAUCAUGUGACUGAAAUUGGACCCCAAAACGUUCGGCCCCCAGUUUCUGUACUGCAGGGAUUUCCUGCUCCACCUUAAAAUUAUAUGCAUCCUGCAACCAUGUAUUCUGAAAGAAUGAUCUUCCAGCUUCCAAUGUUAUUGCUAGUUCCAGUCGCCUAUUUGAGACUGAAGAAAACCUGCCUGAUGAAGCACAACGUGGCGCUCCAUGCUGAAGAAAAUCAAGGGAAAUUUCAAAUUUUGUUUUUUUUUUUUUUUUGGCAUUAAAUUAUGGAUCGUGAUGAAAAAUGUCUAUUUAUUAAUAUGGAUAUUUGGGAAGUAAAGGAAAUGAGGCUAUUUGUGCUUUAUGUUUGAUAUCUAUGCCUGUGAUAGAUUAGGUUUCUGUGAUGUCUGUAAUAUAAGGGAUUUAGA